GGGUAGCAAUUAUUGGCAUUAUUCCCACUCUUUUCUCACAGUUGCGAAUGGAGAGAAGUGGAGAUGAAGAGUGGCCGCCGCGGGAAUACUCACCAAAUACCCGUGAAAUUAUACAAAUAUUGCUUCAGAGUCCCACAAGUAGUGAGCAAGGUCUACUGGAGAAUAUGCAGCCUGCAGAUGAGCAGCAAUUUGAGGAUCCAAACGGAUUCCUACAUAACUGGAUAAAUAAAUGUGGAAUGCAGCCGUUGACGCGGCAACAUUUAGGUCAACCGGACACAAGUACUUCCAUAGAUCAAGGCUGCGAGCAAAAUUUCAAUAGAUCGGUGAUUCAGACCACCGAAGGAAAGCUGCCGCUGACGCAGCAACAAUUAGGCACAACCAGAAAGAAAAGGCAGCGAUCCACUGCAGAUUCUCAGUCACCGGGGAUUUGUGAAACUAUUGCAGGAGAUAAAGUAGCCAGGAAAAGACAAAACGAUAAAAGAUAUAGGGACCGAAUUAAGCAACAAAAACAGCAAAUGAAGUCCGAUCUGGAAGAACUUGGCGCUGAGCAUGGGCAAUUAAAGCAUGAAUAUCAGGAAAUGAAGUCCAAAGUGGAAAAACUUGAGGCUGAAAAUGGACGAUUAAAGAACAAACUGGAGCGGAUAACAAAUAAAUAUAAAAAACUGGAGCGGAUAACAAAUAAAUAUAAAAAACUGAAGCGGAAGAACACAGAAACUAGUAGAUUUGUCUGCCUGUUGAAAUGGCAGUCGUACUUCGUAGCUAGGUGUGUCAAUAGUUCUCGAAAUUCCCCAAAGGUGCAGGGCAGAUACGGCUACUCUUCCGUGGGAUUAGGAAGCAACAUCUUCAGAUUCACCCAAGGUUUUGGGGAUCGUCAACCUGGAAACCUCCACUUGACAGGAAUCCAUCGAGCUUUUAUUCCCAAUCAGAACACACUUAGGGAAUCGAUGUGCCAAACAAAGGACCAGAGAAAGUAUGAUGAUAUUGAUCCAUUGGAAUGGCCAUCGAAUUUUGUUGAUCAUUCCUUGCCUGAAGGAAGCUUGACAAUUAACAAUAAAGAUGAUUCAUCGCACUACAAGUUCCAGAUUUACAGUCCGAUGUCAGUCCUGGAAAGCAGCAGUGAUAGCUUAGAGGAUGAGACAGAAGCCAAAAGCCCCCUGCGAAGCCCCUAAGCAGGCGAGGAUAGGAGGAGUUACAUGACCAGCAUUUAAGCUUAGUAGAGACGAGGAAAUGUUCUUAUCUACUAAAAUGCAGGGGAGUAGUGAAGAAUGAUUAAGCAGGAUUCUUCAAGAAAUUAUAGUUCCUUCAUCUUUUGGGAAAAUUAUUAUUAAGUGGUUUGGCUAGAAUUUCAUUCUUGACCAAGUGGAAAUCUAAUUGUGUGUCUUACAUAAAUGAAAAAAUACUUC